GGACCAAUUUCAGUUCUCCAUUUUUCUGCGCGGAGCAAAGAAGGGACAGCAGUGACAGAAAGUCAUAUUCAUUUCCUUUUUUUCUUCCUUGUUUUGUUUCAGACACUUUUAGCCCUUUAGCUGGUAUUUGUUUUGCGAAUUAAAUCCAGUAAGAGGCGCUGGUUAGCCGCUCCGCUCAGACCGAACCUCCCCUCAGUGUUAGCUAGCUAACUUUACCCAGGCGACGGUAGCUGCCCUCCAUCUGCACGCCGACAUGCCGGAGUACCUGGACGACCCGUCUGUGCUCACCAAGGACAAGCUGAAGAGCGAGCUGUUGGCCCACAACGUGGAGCUACCGAGCGGCAACCCGACCAAAGACGUGUAUGUGCAGCUUUAUCUGAAUAACCUGACCGCGCAGAACAACAAACAUGUCACGGCCACGACUCUGGACGCCUUCUCCAGCGACGAGGAGCUGCCGCCGCCCGUCGUCUCCAACAGAAGUCGCUCCUCCGGCAGAAAAGCCACCAGGAAAACAGACAAGGUUCUGCCGGACGAGCUGGAUGUGACCGUGCUGACCGACCAGGACCUGAAGGACGAGCUGCUCAAGCACGGAGUGGAAGCGGGGCCCAUCGUUGCCUCCACCCGUAAGCUGUAUGAGAAGAAACUGCAGAAGCUGCUGGAUGACGGUCCCACACAGCCGCCGCUGCCACAGCUGGUCCUCACAGACAUACAAGUCAACCACAACGGCAACUCCGAAUCAGACCUGUACAGCGACAAGGAGGAUGAAGUCACAGCAGCACCAGAACCAGAGCCUGUGGCAGAACCUGAACCAGUUCCAGUGGUAGAGAGACCGCUGAGGAGCCGAGGGAAGACGCCUGUCACCACCCGCACCCGCAGCAGCCAGCACCACACGGUGGAGAAGAUUGCAGCCAGUGAGCAACCCCUGAAAGUGGAGGAGAAUGAAGUUCUGAAGGAGCUAUUCCCCAAUGACAUCAACAGUCCCACAGGAAUCACGGCCACCUGUCGACGACCCAUUCGAGGAGCCGCCGGUCGUCCGCUCAAGUCCAGUGAUCUGUGGAACGACGAAAACUCCCUGUUCUCUCCAAAAAUCACCAAGACCAGCAGCUCCUCCUCCCACACAGAGACCCGCACCGUCAACAGAGUCAACAGCCUGCCCCUCUCUGCCUCCUUCAACUCCUCUACCUCCACCUCCUCUUUCUCCACCUCCUCCUCCUCCUCCAGGCAUCUGGCUGCAGCUCCCCCUGCAGGUCAGACUGCAGCAGCACACCGCAGCGUGUCUCCAUGGAUAAAGCUGUUCCUGCUGGCCAUCGUGGCUGCCUUCCUGUUCCUGGUUUACCAAGCCAUGGAGACCAACCCCAGCGUCCCUUUUGGAGGCUCAGGCACAGAGGUGGCCAGUGACAGCACAGCAUAGAGAGCACAGGAAGUGGAGGCGAGGGGAAGGGAGAGAAGCCUUCCUGUUUCGUUUUUUUUUUUCAUUUUUUAAGAAGUGUGAAUCUUCAUUGUAGCCAUUUUGUUGACGGGCGCUGUGAAAUGACAUCUUCGACCCUCUUUUCCUCAGUAUUUGAUCUUUUCUUUUUUCCUUCAUUUCUAAAUCAGUGAAUUGCUUCAGAGGAGCGGUGUAGCCGUUUCAGUGGCACUUCAAGGAUCUCCAUGACACGUUGUGAAAGGACAGUAUGCAUCUGCUGUCGUUGUUUUGGUCCAUUCUUGAUCUCUGACUCAGUCUGUGAGGUUACGACAAAGCCAGCCACUAAUCGACUCUCAGAAACACAGUAGCUUUCAUAGAAAUAUGGA